CCAUGUCAACCUUACAAGCAACCUUCGCAACAACAAAAAAGGCUGCCGUAUCCAAAGAAAUUAACUUCAAUGCGUUGUUGGCUGCCAUUAAAGAUAAUUUGUUGAAGAAAAAAGCCAUACGAGCGGCUGCCCUUGAAUAUGGAGUCGAUAGGAUCACGCUGACCCGUCACGUGAAAAAAGUUUCCGACCAUUUUACGGAUAUUUCUACCGUCAGUGAUGUUGAUUUGUUGGAAUUCAUCCGCACUUCCAAUACGCACAUUCCGUCGAACAUGGUUUUCUCUCCCUCGCAAGAAAAAGUCCUUGUUGAAUAUAUCCUGAAGUGCGUCAAUCAUUAUUAUGGCCUCAGCAUCAAUGAAUUAAAGGAAUUGGCGUAUCAGUUUGCAGUCAAACUCAAAGUCGAUUAUCCUGAAUGUUGGAAUGAGAACUCGAAGGCUGGUCGUAUGUGGUACCGAGGUUUCAUGAAACGCAAUAACAUGCUAACGUUGAGGACACCCGAGCAGACGUCAAUGAACCGAGUUAAAGCUUUUUGCAAGGCAAACGUAGAUACGUUUUUUUUAAAGUUGGGUCAGUUGCUUGACAAACACCACUUUGACAGCACUUCCAUUUACAACAUGGAUGAAAGUGGAUUCUCAACGGUACCAACGAAAAUCGGCAAAGUUAUUGCCUUGAAAGAGGCGAGGCGCGUUGAUCAAUUGGAAGCUGCUGAGAGAGGCACCAUGAUUACGAUGGCUCUCUCUGUGAGUGCGAGUGGGAAGUUUAUUCCUCCUUUUUUUUUGUUUCCGCGCAAGAACAUGCAGGCGUGUUUCAUGGACAAUACUUCAAGUGGUGCAGCAGGAUUCGCCAAUUCAUCUGGAUGGAUGUGCCAAGAAGAGUUUGUACGUUUCAUGGAGCACUUCAUCAAGUUCGUCAAGCCGAUAAUCGCUUCGCCAGUUUUGUUGUUGUUGGACAACCACGCGUCUCAUCUAUCGGUUGAUGCCUUGGAUUUGGCGGCUGCAAAUGGG